ACAUUUUUCCCCCGAAUUAAUCCAGUUCAAGAUAAUUUAAAAGUGCAGAAACUGAUUUUGUUGAUUUUGAAAGUCGUAAACUCCAGGGGAAAUCGGCUCCUAUCCUCGGCAGGUGUGGAGGGCCAGAGGGACAGAGUGGGGAAACGCUCUUGGGAAGACUCCUCAGUACCUAGAGAUGUGGCCAGUGAAGACAGCCUUGUGUCCUCAAAGGAAAAUGUGCCACCUCAGAACCUGAAAAUGCAAAAACUGGAAACAGAAACUGAUCAUUUUGAUAAUGCUCUGAAAGGAAGAAUCCAGAAAGAACUUAAACGGUAUCUGCUGGAGAAAUAUGGGGAUGUAUUUGAAGGGAUUCCAGAGCAAGGACGUAACACCUCUCUGGACAGGAUUUACACAGAGCUCCUCAUCACAGAAGGUGAAAGUGAGAGUGUCAAUAAUGAACAUGAGGUGUGGCAGAUUGAGACAGCAUCCAGGAGAAAAAACUCAGAAGAAAAUACUGUCAAGCACAAUGACAUUUUUACACCCCUGCCUGGACAAAUCAAAAAGAUUAAAACUGUCCUCAUGAAGGGAAUUGCUGGCAUUGGGAAAACUGUCUCUGUACAGAAGUUCAUUAUUGACUGGGUGGAAGGAAAAGCCAAUCAACAUGUUGAUUUCAUAUUUGUUCUUCCUUUUCGGGUGCUGAAUUUGAUUAAAGGCAUGCAAAGUCUAAUUGGUCUUCUUCAAAACUUUCACGCUGCUGUGACAGGGAUUGAAACUAUUGCGUUUGAUAAGUGCAAAGUAAUCUUGAUAUUUGACGGUCUGGAUGAGAGCCAGCUUCCACUAAAGUUCAAUCAGAAUAAGCAAUUAACUGAUCCCACAGAAAAAGCAUCUUUAGACAUUCUUCUGACAAACAUCCUCAAGGGGAAUCUGCUUCCCUAUGCUUUCCUCUGGAUUACCUCCAGACCAGCUGCAGCCGAUCGAAUCCCCCCUAACUGUGUCCAUCGGGUGAUAGAGAUACAAGGAUUUGAAGGCGCACAGAAGGAGGAGUAUUUCAGGAAGGAUCUCGGUGAUCAGGACCUGGCUGACAGAAUUACUUCUCAUCUGAAGUCAUCAAGGAGCCUCUACAUCAUGUGUUACAUACCAGUCUUCUGUUGGAUUUCAGCCACUGUCCUUAAGAACAUUUUGAGCAGAGCAGGAAAUGUGAAAAUCCCUACAACUCUGACUGAGAUGUACACAGAGUUUGUGCUCCUUCAGACAAGGAUAAAGAACCAGAAGUAUGGGGGUAAUGAGUCAGUCUCAAGUAGCUUUUUAGAGUCAGACAGAAACAUUAUUCUGAAACUUGGACAGCUGGCUUGUCAACACCUAUUAAAAAGCAAUCUAAUAUUUUAUGAAGAAGAUUUGAUCGCGUGUGGUAUCGAGGUCAAAGAUGCUUCGUUGUACUCUGGAGUUUGCACUGAAAUCUUGAAAGUGGAGUCAUUGAGCCAAAAGAGGAAGGUUUACUGUUUUGUUCACCUGAGCAUUCAAGAGUUUUUUGCAGCUUUACAUGUGCAUCAUUUAUUGGAAAAAAAUGACAUGGAAUUACUGACAUCUUAUUUCAAAAUAAAAUUGGGAGCUUUACCUGGCCAAGUGUCUUUGGUUGACUUGAUCAAAGGUGCAGUGGAGAAGGCUGUGAACAGUAAGAAUGGACACCUCGACCUUUUCCUUCGCUUCUUGUUUGGUCUCUCAAUGGAAUCCAAUCACCGUCUCCUCAAAGACUUUCUUCCAAACACAAGAAACAACUCAGAAAGCAUCCAUAAAAUAAUCCAGCACAUCAGGUCUUUGAAGAGAAGGGACAUUUCCCCUGAUAGGUGCAUCAACCUCAUACAUUGUUUGGUUGAGCUUGGAGUUCAUGGCCCCUCCCUUGUGAGUGACAUACAAAGGCAGGCAAGUUCAGGUUCAGUGAAACCACUUUCACCCUAUCAGUGUUCAGAACUGGCAUAUGCCCUACUGAUGUCAGAAGAGCACCUGGAUGAGUUUGACCUGAGGAAAUACAACAUACCAGAAAAUGGUCUGAUGAGAUUGGUUCCUGUUAUCAAGAACUCCACAAGGGUUUUGUAA